AUGGGUCUUCCUUUAUUGUCUUGUAGUUCAAAUAGAGUCGCUUUCUCUUCUUCUUGGAGUAGUCGUAAUUGUAGUUCUAGGCUUUUCGAAUCUCCGGCGAAACGUAACCGGAAGAUUAUUCCGCCGGACAAACCAGUAUCAGCGUUUAGAGGCGAAUUCGUCGGUGGUAACGGAGGUUCAGCUGGACCUUCCGGUGGGAGCGGUGGAGAUUUUAGUGGUUGGGAUAAGAUCGGUGCUAUUGUUAGGUUGAGUUAUGGAAUCGGAAUAUACUGUGGAAUGGCAGUAGCAGGGAGAUUUAUAUGUGAAGUAGCAGGAAUUUAUUACACAGGAGGUUUUAAUGCUUCUUUAGAUGCUAUUAUUUCUGGACUUCUCCUCCAAUUAUGGCUCUUCUCUUCAUUCUUGAUUUGUGAAAUUGUCGCUCGUGCGAUUAGAGAUGUCGAAGAUGAAGAGCUUUAUUGUUGGCACAUCUCAGAUUCACGGGGAAUUGUCGCUUUGACUGGACUCUUGCCUCCGUUUGUACCGUUUUCUCAAGUAUUUGCAGCCACUAUUACCUCCGCUCUCACUGGUUCUCUCUAUUACAUUGCUGUUUCCCCUGAAGCAUGGUACGAGCGAAGACAAAUGAAGAAAAUCUACUCUCCUUUUCUCGAAGGGCUUCUUGAAUGGAUUCAGACAAACAAUCUUCUUGCACCUAUCAUCACACAUGGUAUAUACUUGUACUCGGGAACUGUGUCUGGAAAUUACACCAUCACCAGCAGAGACUCCGGUUACGUGUUCUGA